GAUAUGGAAGAAGUUAUAAAAAAUACAAAAAAAAGUUCAAAGAAAAAACAACAAAAUGAAAAAGAAGAAACAAAUCAAAGUCAAGAUACGAUAACGAGCAAAGAACCCACGGAGACAAAAGAUCCGGUUCCAACCCCUUUAUUAGCACGAACGCAAGCCGAAAAACAAUUUCGUGAUUUUUAUAUGAAUCGAAUUACUAAAGCUUUUGGUGAAGAUUUAGAUAAAUUGAGAAAGAAG